CCCUUCAAGAAUUCUACAAUGCCCAAUCGGGAUUUUAUGCCCCCCAAUGCAAAGUUGGAACCCCUGAUUCACAUUUUGCUCAUCACGUGGGGAUCGUUCCGCCCGCUUUCGGCAAUCGUGAAUGUCGGUCAUUUCAGCCUGUUCAGCCGCGUUCCCUGCAACUCUUUUCGCAACACCGACAUUCAACAUACAUCACCGAAGCCCCAGACCGAGCCGUGCAUGCAUCUCAUGGAAAUCGUCUGUUGAUCCCCCCGAACUCUCUCCUCAACGGUGUCGUGCUCUGAGUAGAGUAGGUCAAGAUGGCAGAGGGCGGCGAGGAUACCCCCAUGCGAACGGACGAGGAGUCCGAAGACGCGGGCAGCGGAAGUGGCAGCGGAAGUGAGGAGGAGGACGAGGAGGAGGAACAGGUAGAAUGGCUAGCGACAACGCGUGAGAAGCGUGCGACGGCUGGAAAUCGACUGGCAAAUCUGCUGCAACAAGAAGAUCCAGAUGACGAGCUCGAACUUUUGUUUGCAGAGGCGGAUGAUGAUGUGGGAUUUGAGGACAAUGAGGCGGAUUCAGACGUGCAGAUGGACUCAUCGGACGACGACGAUGAUCAGGGACCGGCUGCGGGCGAUGAUGACCUCGAUGGCGAGAAGGAAUUACAGAGGCAGGCAAAGGCAGAGAAGGCAAAGAAGCGGAAGUUGGAAGGUGGCAUGCCUAAGAUUUUCAAGAAGAGAGUCAAAAUCGAUCCGACCCUCUCCCAAUCUCCUGCACCUCGACCGAAGAAGAAAUCCGAGCGAACUUCCUGGAUUCCUACUGCUGAAGAUGCCCCUACACGAGCUUCAGCGAGAGGUACUACACAACAGAGCAAGCAGCAGUUACACAUGCAGAUGGUGGAUAGGGAGGUGAAACGCUUGAAGCAGUUGGCGAACAUGGAAAAAGCGGCUGCUAAGAAAGAAGCUGCAAAGAAACCCGCUUUGACACAAGCUGAUCGAUUGAAGGAGGCCGAGAGGGUGGAGAAGGCCAAUUCGAAGAGUCUGAGUAGAUGGGAACAGGCAGAGCAGGAGAGGGAAGAAGAACAGAGGGCAAAAUUGGCUGCAUUACAUGAUCGAACUUUGGAAGGACCAGUCAUUACGUGGUGGAGUGGUAUGGCAGAAUGGAUUGGAGGAAAAUUGAGGAAGGUGGGAAAGAAUUUGACAAUCGAAGAAAAGGAGAAACCGGCGAGGAAGAGGAAAGCUGCCGAGAUGGAAGAAUCUGAGAGUGGUUCUGUAGCUCCACCAGAAGCCAGCAUCCCAAGUGCAAUUGGACAAGAUGAAGCUACAGAAGAUGUUCCGAAAGACGCUCAAUCGAUGCCGGACGCCACGCCGAUCCCCGAAAAGGUCUCGCAGCCUGAAGUCAAGCCAGAGAUUGUUCUCCAGCCAGACAAUGGAAGUACAGAAGUAUCUUCAACAUUACCGACAAAACCCACCACACCACCCGUGGAGAUCUCUGCACCACCACCGCCUCCAAAUAUCACACCCAUCGUUCAUGCUCCCCCAAGAUCUUCCGUCCUGGCACCUCCAGCUGGCCUUCCUUUAACUGCUCCACCUCCACCGAUGUAUAUGCAAAGUACAGUAAGGUCUCAAUUCGUUGCGACCCCGCCAGCUUUAGAUGGAUCCGCUCCUCUUCCUGGUCUGGGUUACAACUUCCCACCGCCUCCUCGAGCACCAUCAAUACCGUUAGCUCCUAUUCCUAAUCCACCAGCUGUUCCCGAAGGACCGCCGCCGCCGCCCGCUGUUGAACACGGAGCAGUCAAUUAUCUCAUCCUCGAAAACUUUGACGAAACAUCCAUCAAGGACAAGAAUGUACAGACACAAAUCUUGUUCAAUAGGAAGUUUGUCAAAGUUCCCAGGUCUAAAGCUUCACAUGAAGUUUGUGCUAUCACUGGCUAUCCAGCUAAAUAUAGAGAUCCAAGCACUGGUCUCCCGUACUGUAACCAAUAUGCCUACAAAGAAAUUCAGAGGUUGAAGCGAGGGGAAUACAGAUGGAGUAAAUUAAUUGGGGCAUAUGUUGGAUUUGGAACAUAUGCCGCGAGAGGAGUUCCAGAUCGGUUCAGAGAAGGGUUGGUGAAGCCCAAACCUCAGCAGUCGACGACGGGUAAUUGAUGAACGAAUUGUAUGAAUUGUAUGAUAUGUAAUCUUACAUAGGAUUGGCUGACUUCACUUGCAUAGCAUGCUCUAUGAACACACAUUUUGCAUUACCAGAUAGGUUCAGCUUUGCGUCUUGUCUUUCAUUUGCUCCAACUUCUUCCAGCAGCUCAACCUACCAAGUGGUCUUUCUGAUCCAGUCGUCAAACCCAGCUCUUGAUCAAGGAUACAAUGGUGGCCUUUGCCAGGUGUUGAUUCUGACCCCGUUCUUGACAAUUCCAUUUUCUCUGGUUGGUCGUCUACACAAGAGGCAUUCUGGCGGACCGAGGAACCAGCUCGAUGAUGGUUACACUGCUCAUUCGUCAGUUCCACAACAUUUGUCGUCGAUGUAGUUACCCACUUCUUCGUCUUCAAUAAGAACAUUCCUUCAGCUCUGACUCUUUUCCAUUGAAAACCCUCAAUGCCCAGCAUUCACAAACAUCCGCCUAACUCCAC